AUGCUCGACGCCGCUCUAAGGGAGGCUAUAAGUGAAAGGGUAAGAGCUGUGGAGACUUGUUCGACCUAUGAUUUAAGAAUCAAUAAUACGAUCAAGGAACGCGACGAGGCCAAGGCAUCAGUCACUAGAUUAGACGCCGACCUCAAAGAGAUUUCGCAGCGCAGGAUGAAUCUUCAGCGCUCUGGUGAACAAACCUUUCAAUGCAGCAUUCGAAUGAGCAUCAACGCUAGAGACGAAGAUGGUCAUUUGUUCGGGGACUUGACUAUUCCUUUGGAAGCCAUUGCCCGUGAGCAGGACGGGUAA